AUGGACCCAAGGAGUCGCGAGUUUGGAACCGCUCCCGUCCAGCCAGGUGAGCCACCUCCCGACACGGACAGUAAUGCAACUCGUAAGCGAAGGAAGGCCGUCCUUGCUUGCGAUCCGUGUAGGUUGCGGCAUCUCAAGUGCGAUGCUCUGUAUCCUGUUUGUCGGCAAUGUCUACGAAGACAGUCUUCAAACUUGUCAUGCACAUACCAGUCUCCCUCACUGGAGAUUCUGAGACAAAAAGAGUACAUCGCUACUUUGCAAAACCGGAUUGAAGAGCUAGAGCGUGGGAACCGCCAACUCAACGGUCUGCUAACCUCUCCAGAGACCGGGAACAAGAGCCACGAGCCACGAGCCACUGCUACGCUAGGAAGUACUGAGCAUGAGUUCGCCACCCAGCAAACAGACAUGGCGACAUGGGAUCCACUGCAGCCACAACAUCAGGGAGAGUCCAGCCCAGUGGAUGCUAUGGGUGCUAAUUCGACAGUACAACCUGAUGGCCAAGCACACGAUAGCCGAUACUAUGGCAGCUCUUCUGCCGUGUCGUUCAUGCAGCAGGUCUACGAAACCAUCCCGAAUGGCAAUUCCUCAAAUGCGCCGGAUGGCUCAGUGAAUCAUCCGCCACUGCAUCAUCCGGAUGCGAGAGGCUCGAGGUUCUGGACCUUAAAAGAACAAGGAUUGUCGCCUCUAUUCCCUCGGUCCCUGAUGGACACCGCGUUGAAUUCUUACUGGAAUAGAGUCUAUCCAUUGUAUCCUUUCAUUCACAAGCCGACAUUUAUACAGUCCUACGAGCAAUUAUGGGACCUCGGAAGCGAACCAAACACUCCCGAAGCUGGACUCGGAGGCUCCGCAGAAUACGGUCCCCGCAGCAUCGUCUUCCAUUGCGCGCUGAAUGUCAUGCUGGCUCUGGCGACGCAAUUCAUGGAUAUGCCACUGGACGAUCGCCGCAGGCUGGAAGAGGCGUUUGCGAACAAGGCAAAAGACCUAUGCCGACUUGACCUAUUCGACGAUGGGUCUUUGGCAGUCAUUCAGACUCUCCUGAUUAUGACCCAGUAUCUUCAAUGCACGCCUCACCCCAACCGAUGCUGGAACUGCAUCGGGAUAACCUGUAGGCUGGCUCAAAGCCUCGGACUACACAUCGAGACCCCCCAAGUAGAGAAAUUGACAGGGCCGUUUGCAUUGGAGAUGCGCCGUCGUGUAUGGUAUGGCUGUGUCACCCUGGACGCAGUUGUGAGCAUGACGCUUGGACGGCCUCUGAUGCUUGCUAAUCCUGGCAAUGUCCCUCUUCCUCAGGCCGUAGAUGACUACUACCUAGAGCGACCAAACGGUCAGCCGUCCGGUUGGCUCUCAACCAUGGCAUUCUUCGCGGAAUCUGUUAAGCUAUAUCUCAUGCUGGGACAGAUAGUGUCGCAAAUCUACGCUCCGACUCCUGGGCCUUUGCGGUCGUCGCAAGCUUCGGGAAAACCGGCCAGUUUCACCAAUUUCGGGGACUUUGCCUUCAUUCAGAGAAUGGACACCGACAUCGCCGCUUUCGAAGCCAACAUGCCACAUUAUCUCCACUGGGAUCGAAGACACAGACUGGCGCCGGGGCCAUUUGAUGCCCACAUCUUCAAGAUGCAAGCGUCGGUGCUGUACGCUCGGUAUUUGCAUCUCCGCAUCUUACUGUACCGUCCCAUGUUCAUCCAAUAUUGUCAACACGUAUGUUCACAGGCGGAAGAGGAUGAGAGGGACUCGAGGUUUCACGCAAAAGCCACCGAAGUGUCACUCAUCCUCGCUCGUGGACUGUCAAAGACGUGCGUCGAGAACUCGAUCGGCCUGGUCGAGCAAGUACAUGCUCGCUCGACGACCACGGCGACAGGAGCCUGGUGGUACAACUUGUACUAUGCGCGGACGGCGGGGCUCGUUGUGCUGAUGGCAAUGGCCUGUGAUCCGAUCAUAGAUGUUGUCGGCUGGUCGAAGUUGACCGAGAGCUGGAACAAAUGCAAGGCUGCUCUUUCUGCCCUUCUGGUCUUCAGUCCAGCUGCAGUACGGUGUCUCAGGGGCUUGGAAAAGUUACACGAGCAUAUUAUAGGCUCCAAACAGGGACAAAGACUGGCGCAUGAAGAGCCGCUGCCGGGUAGGGAUGCAGAUGAAGAUCCUCUUCAUGAUGCAUGGAGCCGAAAUCGUGAGGACGGUCCUCAAUCUCACCUCCCAGAUCACGACCUUGAGCCUGGCGCUGCUGCGAGCUUUCUGGAUGAUCUCGGCAGCUUGGAAUGGCCGAAUGAAAUGGAGGCGAGCAUGCUCGAAGGAAUUUUCUCCUUUGAUCUAUUCGAAUGAAUCUGACCUUCAAGUAUACGACACAUCGCCAGCUCAAGGGAAUAGUCGACAACCUCUCUCUUGAAAUAAGGCCGAGUUUUCAGCGACGAUGCCGAAUACCACCAUCAAGCUUGCAGUAAAAGAUUGUUCCGACUCAAGUGUACCUCGGUAGCUGGGACUUCUGGGCUGGCAAAGUUACACUACGAAGCGGCUGAGACUUUCAAAGGAACAAUUUCGACCUGCUUGAGCACUUCGAUGUUCGAGCCGACCACGAAAUAUGCUGUGCAUCCGGCAUGGAAAGAAUGAGGUCGUAUUGGAAAUCGCCUGUGCGACGCAGUAUGUACAAGUACAAGUGCGGAUGUACUCCGUAGUUUCGAA